AUGAGUCACUUUAGACUUCCUGAAAAGAUGCCAAAAAACACAUUAUACGUCACUGGAUUUACUAGAGAGUCCAAAGCUGCCGACUUGGCACCGGAGUUUGAAAAAUUUGGUGAACUAGUCAGAUUAGAUAUUCCACCACCAAGAACUACCGAUGGUGAGAAAUUCGCAUUUGUUGAGUUCAAGGAUGCCGAAAGUUGUGAGCGGGCCUUGGACUUGGAUGGUAAGCAAACCUCAUGGACUAAUGGGAACGGAUUAGUAGUCCAAGUUGCUAGAUCAGACCCCUUUUCAAGGAGUGAGAGAUCUUCAUCAUCAUCAUAUGGAAGAGGUGGUGGCUAUAGAGGAGGAAGGGGCCCCGCACGUUAUGGUGGUUACAGAGAUGACGGUUACGGAAGAGGUGGCGAUGACGGAUACAGUAGAGGAGGUUACCCUCCAAGAGGCGACUACCCUCCAAGAGGUGGAUAUGGUCGCAGAGGAUACGAUGAUGGAUAUUCUAGUGGCGGUCGUGGUGGAUACGGUGGCUACUCACGUGGUGGAUAUGGUGGGUAUGAUGAUGGCUACCGUGGAAGAGAUGGAGGAUACUCAUCAAGAAGUCGAGUAGGAGGAGGAGGAGGAUAUGGUGACUACAGAGGCAGUGGACGUAGCAGCAGCAGUAAUGGAGGCGGCAGUGGCGCUGGUGGAAGCUUUGAUAGCGGUAGAGAAAGAGAAAGAGAUAGAGAAUAUAGAGGUGGUGACAUCAACGAGAGGGAACGUGGCGAGGAGCGUGGAGGAAGAUAUAGUAGAUCACCAUCGAGAUCACCAGUGAGAAGAGAACGAUCCAGAUCUCCUGAAAGAUAUUGA